AUGGCUUCAAAACAAUUGCCAACGAGCCCCGGCUCUGAUUGUGAUGAAAGGAAGAGGAAGCGGAAGCUGUCUAAUCGUGAAUCAGCGCGUAGGUCUCGGAUGAAGAAGCAGCAACGCUUGGAUGAGCUGAUUGGAGAGGAGGGCCGGAUAAAGGAGGAGAACAAGAAGCUGAGUCAGAUGAUUGAUACUACUGCUCAGCUGCACUUAAACGUUGCGUCCAACAAUAAUGUGCUGAGGGCUCAGAUUGCUGAACUCACUGACCGCCUCAGGUCGCUCAAUUCUGUACUUCAGAUUGCCUCCGAGGUGAGCGGCCUUGUGAUUGAUAUUCCAGACAUCCCGGAUGCCUUGCUCGAGCCGUGGCAGCUGCCUUGCCCGAUUCAGUCUGCCCCUGCUUCUGUUGAUAUGUUCCAAUGCUGAAAUGGUGGAGUGGAGGAAGUUUCUGAUGGUGAAUGUUGAUGUUGUACUAGCCCUGUUAGCCUUAGGUGUAGUCUCAUAUGUUAAUCCUGCAAUUGUUACCACAACAAUGAUUAGGUUGUGGUCGGAUUUGCUCAUUUGCACUAUUCUUAUUUAAUCUAUUGAAUUGAAAUUGCUCUUCUUUA